AUGACUCUUAAUGUCAGGAAUAAGUUGGGCUUCAUUGAUGGAACAAUCCCUAAACCUCCUGAUAAUCAUCCUGAUGCAGUUUCUAAGCAAAUAGGCCAGAGUUUACUUUAUAAGCCUACUGCUUCUGCGAUUUGGUUGGAUCUUAUGUCUCGUUUUAGGCAAGAUGAUGCACAUAGGGUCUUUGAGAUUGAGCAACGGUUGAGUACUUUACAACAUGGUUCUAUGGAUUGUGAGUGUAAUGCUGCUCUUAUGUGGGAGAAAUUGCAGCAGCGUAGCAGGGUUACGAAGUUCUUAAUGGGGUUAAAUGAGGCUUACCAGCCCACACACAGGCAUAUCUUAAUGUUGAAGCCUAUGCCAUCGAUUGCUUCUGGUCCUUCUGAUAAUGUUGGCUAUAACUCCAUGGCGCCUUCUACUAAUGGCUAUUUUUCAGGACCUACUGAUAAUAUUGCUUAUGCUGCUUUCCGACCUCACCAGAAGCCUUAUUGUACUCAUUGUAAUCGGGUUGGUCACACCAUUCAUAAGUGUUUUAAACUUCAUGGAUAUCCACCUGGUCAUAGGAAUGCUCAACGACCUCCAAUGCAGCAAGUGUUAUCACAGUUUGCUCCGCCUCGGGCAUCUUUUCCAACAGGACAACGUCCUCAAUUUCCUACACAUGCUCAAUUCCAACAAACUCAGAAUCAAUAUCAGCAGAAUCAAUAUUCUCAUCAGGGUGCACUAUCCAAUGCAGUGAUGAAUUAUGCUUCUUAUACGCCUGCCCCAACACAGACUGCAACUAAUCUUGAUUUGAGCAGUUUCACUUCUGACCAAAUUCAGAGUCUGAUUCAUCAACUUAGCACUCAGACCAAAGCUUUAGAGCAGCCGUCUUCUUAUCCGUCUGCUACAAUAACUGAGCAUGGUGCUAUGGCUGCAACAUCUUCUUCUGGAGCUACUAGCCAUGUGUGUUCUGAUCUUUCUUUGUUUGAUGAGACUUUUCCAGUGACAGGUGUAACAGUCUCACUCCCUAAUGGCACUAGAGUUGCUAUUAUUCAUAUAGGCACUGACUAUACUCGGGACUUGAUCAUUGGUAAAGGUGUCCUCAUCCAUUGUCUAUACAUAUUGGAGCAUCAUGACAUUUCAACAUCUGCGAAUUCUGUUUCAGCAUCUUUUUCUGGAUCCUUGCAAGUAGAUGGUCGUGUCUGGCAUCAACGCUUAGGUCACCCAUCUUCUGUCAAGUUACAAUAUAUGUCGGGUACUUUACCUAUGUCCAUCUCUAGUUCUUCUCAUGAUCAAUGUGAUAUAUGUCCAUUAGCUAAACAAAAGAAAUUGCCAUUUGUUUCACAUAGUAAGCUUUCUCAUUUACCAUUUGAUCUCAUUCAUAUAGAUACUUAG